UCGGGAAGGAGAAUCAACUCGCCCGGGCGGGUGACGCUAGCCAAAGUUCCCCACUGGCGCGCAAACUUAAGUUACUUUUGCGCGCGCGGGUAGUGGAGACGCUUCUGAGCUCUGCGCUAGCGUUCGCAGAGUUGGACUUGUGGUAGCUGAUCCUAGUGUCCUGUCUUAAUUCCCCUGCCGGAAUCCAGACUAAAAGCAGCACAGCGGUCACCGGACGCCCACUGAAGCAAGCGGCAUGCUGACGCCGCCAAGCCUGUGCGGAUGCGCCCUGAUGGCGCUGGUUCUUGCCUGCGGCGUAGCGGGGGUCAGGGGAGAGGAGAGAGGAUUCCCGCCAGCCCGCGCCACUUCGUGGCUUCUGGGGACCCGAGAGAUAAUGACGCCGCCUACUAAGACCUCCUGGUCGGGAAGUUCCAACUCCAGCCUGUCACAGUCCUUAGCACCUGCACAGAAGCCUAAAAGAGGGAGAGUGGCAGGACCCCCGCCACGCACUCCCUCCCUUCCCCCAUGCCAAGGAAACAUUGAAAUCAAGGAGACAUUCAAAUAUAUCAACACGGUUGUAUCCUGCCUAGUGUUCGUGCUAGGCAUCAUCGGGAACUCCACACUGUUGAGAAUCAUCUACAAGAACAAGUGCAUGCGAAACGGUCCCAAUAUCUUGAUUGCCAGCCUGGCCCUGGGAGACCUGCUGCACAUCGUCAUUGACAUUCCUAUCAAUGUCUACAAGCUGCUGGCAGAGGACUGGCCAUUUGGAGCUGAGAUGUGUAAGCUGGUGCCUUUCAUACAGAAAGCCUCCGUGGGAAUCACUGUGCUGAGUCUCUGUGCUCUAAGUAUUGACAGAUAUCGAGCUGUUGCUUCUUGGAGCCGAAUUAAAGGAAUAGGAGUUCCAAAAUGGACAGCAGUAGAAAUUGUUUUAAUUUGGGUGAUCUCUGUGGUUCUGGCUAUCCCCGAAGCCAUAGGUUUUGAUCUGAUUACAAUGGACUACAAAGGGAGUCGUCUGCGAAUCUGCUUGCUUCAUCCCAUUCAGAAAACAACCUUCAUGCAGUUUUACAAGACAGCUAAAGAUUGGUGGCUAUUCAGUUUCUACUUCUGCUUGCCAUUGGCCAUCACUGCACUUUUUUACACCUUGAUGACCUGUGAAAUGUUGAGAAAGAAGAGCGGCAUGCAAAUCGCAUUGAAUGACCACCUAAAGCAGAGACGAGAAGUGGCCAAAACAGUGUUUUGCCUGGUCCUUGUUUUUGCCCUCUGUUGGCUUCCCCUUCACCUCAGCAGGAUCUUGAAGCUCACUAUUUACGAUCAGAAUGAUCCCAACAGAUGCGAACUUUUGAGCUUUUUAUUGGUAUUGGAUUAUAUUGGCAUCAACAUGGCCUCCUUGAAUUCCUGCAUUAAUCCAAUUGCUCUGUAUUUGGUGAGCAAAAGAUUCAAAAACUGCUUUAAGUCAUGUUUGUGCUGCUGGUGCCAGUCAUUUGAAGAAAAACAGUCCUUGGAGGAAAAGCAGUCGUGCUUAAAGUUCAAAGCCAAUGAUCAUGGAUAUGACAACUUCCGUUCCAGUAAUAAAUACAGCUCAUCUUGAAAGAACGAAUAUUCACUUAAUCUCAUUUUCUUGAUUUUGGACAGACGUCAUUAAAACAAAAUGAAACAUUUGCCAAAACAAAACAAAAAUCUGUACGUUGGUACAAAACCAUGUAAAAACGUAAGCAGGGUUAUUUUAA